UCCUUCGUUCGUGCAUAUUUCGCGUGACGUUAUUCUUCCGUAACGAGAAGAAGAAUUUUCGUGAUCGUUCGAUCGAUCGUUCGCAAUAACGUAAAAUAACGCGAAUCGACCGCCCUUCGAUUCAUCGGACUUUGAACAAAUAUUGUGCUCCUUGUUUCGAAACGAUCACGAUGCCAAAGAAUCGUAUCGUUUUAACGAAUCGUAUUAUUAUUCGUAAAGAGUCAACGGAACUCGAAUAGUUUCGAAGCACGAGCUUAAUCGUAUGUAAUAUCCUCGAAAUUUGCCGUUUUACGACGUCGCACAGUCCCGACAUCGCUAACGGAAUUUUAAGACCGCGGUAAUUCGAGACUAAAUUUUUGAGGAACUCUUUGGGGAAGUCGAGAAGACCGUAAUCUCGAACGAUAAGGACAAUUAUUUUGACCGAGCGAAACGGUUCAAGCUGGUUUAGACGUCUGAACCAUCGCGAAGAAUGCUUAGGAAGCAAGGAUUAUCGGAUACGAGCCCGGACAUAACCUAGACGCAACCCAACGCAUCCUCGUGGUGCGAUUUUCGAGCAGGGUACGGACGAGAUCCAGUCCGCCUUCAGGUUCGCCAUGUUCAACCACAACAAGAACACGACCAUUCGAAAGUUCGAGCUGCAAGCCUUCGUUGACGUGAUUAACACAGCGGACGCCUAUAAACUUUCCCGUUUGAUUUGCACUCAAUUCAGCAGGGGCGUGUACUCGAUCCUGGGCGUCGUCAGUCCGGACUCGUUCGACACGCUUCACUCCUACAGCAACACGUUUCAGAUGCCCUUCAUGACGCCCUGGUUUCCCGAAAAGGUCCUCACGCCAUCCUCCGGUCUCUUGGACUUUGCCAUAAGCAUGCGUCCGGAUUACCAUCGUGCCAUCAUCGACACGGUGCGAUACUACGGAUGGAAGAAAAUCAUCUACCUCUACGACUCCCACGACGGUCUCCUAAGGCUGCAGCAAAUUUAUCAAACGUUGAAGCCUGGAAACGAGUCUUUUCAAGUGGAAACCGUCAAGAGGAUACAAAACAUGUCCGAGGCGAUCGAUUUUCUCCGAAGCCUCGAAGAACUUAAUCGAUGGAGCAACAAAUACGUGGUAUUGGAUUGUCCAACGGACAUGGCCAAGGAUAUCGUGGUGAGUCACGUUCGAGACGUCACGCUUGGAAGAAGAACGUAUCAUUACUUAUUAAGUGGGCUGAUAAUGGACGAUCGAUGGGAGAGCGAGGUGAUCGAGUACGGAGCCAUCAACAUCACCGGCUUUCGCAUUGUGGACGCCAAUCGACCUCACGUCAAGGAUUUCCUCCUCGGCUGGCAUCGCCUCGAUCCUGUCACCAAUCAGGGGGCUGGUCGUGAAUCCAUUUCCGCGCAAGCGGCCUUGACGUACGACGCGGUGUUCGUUCUCGUCGAAGCGUUCAACAAGUUUCUCAGAAAGAAGCCUGAUCGGAACAACGUCAGACGGACCGGAAACAGUAGCCAACCAACGAACGCUACGAGAUCUCUCGAGUGCAAUUAUAGCCGUGAUGUGGUCACGCCAUGGGAACACGGCGACAAAAUAUCAAGAUUUCUCAGAAAGGUCGAAAUCGAAGGCUUGACGGGGAAGAUACGUUUCAACGACGACGGACGAAGACAAAAUUAUACGCUUCACGUGGUCGAGAUGACGGUGAACAGUGCCAUGGUCAAGGUUGCCGAGUGGACGGACGAGGCUGGAUUUCAAACGAUAGCUGCCAAAUACGUGAGAUUGCGCCCGCACGAGAUCGAGAAGAAUAGAACUUACAUCGUUACAACGAUCGUGGAGGAGCCUUACAUCAUGAAGAAAAAGUCCGAGAACGGCGAAGCGCUCGUUGGAAAUGACAGUUACGAGGGUUACUGCAAAGACCUCGCCGAACUCAUAGCUAAAAAACUUGGCAUAACGUACGAGUUGCGAAUCGUAAAGGACGCUAAAUAUGGGACCGAAAAUCCGGACGUUCCCGGCGGUUGGGACGGAAUGGUCGGUGAACUCAUUAGAAAGGAAGCGGACAUCGCCAUCGCUCCUAUGACGAUCACGUCGGAGCGCGAGCGCGUGAUUGAUUUCAGCAAGCCCUUCAUGUCUCUCGGUAUCAGCAUCAUGAUAAAGAAGCCCAUCAAGCAGAAGCCAGGGGUCUUCAGUUUUCUCAAUCCGCUGAGCAAGGAGAUCUGGGUGUGCGUCAUCUUCUCUUACAUCGGAGUGUCCAUCGUCCUAUUCAUAGUCUCGAGGUUUUCACCGUACGAGUGGAGAGUUUUGACGAUCAGCGGAGGCGGUGAUCCAACCAUGUCCGGCAGAAACGAUCCGAGCCUUCAGCAUCCUCACACGCCUCAAGGUUCCCCGCAUAUACCAACGUCCAGCAUGGCCAACGAUUUCAGUAUCAUCAAUAGUUUAUGGUUCUCCUUGGCUGCGUUCAUGCAGCAAGGUUGCGACAUAUCACCGAGGUCGAUAUCCGGCCGAAUAGUCGGCAGCGUUUGGUGGUUCUUCACUCUAAUCCUGAUAUCGUCCUACACCGCUAACCUCGCUGCCUUCCUAACGGUCGAAAGAAUGGUAACUCCUAUAAAUUCGCCGGAAGACCUCGCUUCGCAAACGGAAGUACAAUAUGGAACGUUGUCUCACGGCUCUACGAGGGACUUUUUUCGAAAAUCUCAAAUCAGUCUAUACAGUAAGAUGUGGGAGUUUAUGAAUUCGCGCAAACAAGUCUUCGUUAAAACUUACGACGAAGGGAUAAGAAGAGUAAGAACGAGCAAGGGAAAGUACGCUCUACUGAUAGAGAGUCCAAAGAACGAGUACAUCAACGAGAGAUUGCCCUGCGAUACGAUGAAAGUCGGACGAAAUCUCGAUGCCAAGGGUUUCGGCGUUGCGACUCCGCUCGGUUCUCCUUUGAGGGAUUCCAUCAACUUGGCCGUGCUGUCAUUGAAGGAAAGCGGAGAAUUAACAAAGUUGAUGAAUCGAUGGUGGUACGAUAGAACGGAAUGCAGGCACGGCGACAAGCAGGACGCUUCGAGAAACGAAUUAUCUCUCAGCAACGUCGCCGGAAUCUUUUACAUUCUCAUAGGUGGACUUCUCCUGGCAUUGGCCGUCGCCCUUCUUGAAUUCUGUUACAAGUCUCACACCGAAGCUACCAGAGCGAAGAUACCAUUGUCGGACGCGAUGAAGGCGAAAGCCAGGCUGACGAUCGGUGGUGGUCGAGAUUUCGACAAUGGACGGUACUACGCCCCAGCAAACGCGAUUGGGACUACCGAGGGCGACCAGGUGCACAGCAAUACGCAUACUCAGGUGUAAGCUACUCGGACAGUUCGGCAGGUGAGUCACCAGCAAUUUCGUUGCCGACUCCACCGCCGCCGCCAUUGAUGGCUCCACCGCCGCCGCCACCUAGAAGACCACCGAGAAGGAGCGUCACCUUCGCAGACUCGCCUCUGAAGAGUCCGAAGAAGGUUUUCUCGAGGUUUCCGCGAAGAACGUCGAGCGUCGCGACGCUAGACGUCGCGGUUCCUUGGACGCCGGUCUCGCCGCGGCACUGGACCAUGCGCGACGGUAAACCCGAGUACGUCACCUGAAUAAAUCAAAAGAGAAACGAAGACGAGCACCUAACGCCAAAAUAUAUGCCGAAUUUCCGAAGGAAGAUUCAACGUUUUCUUCGUCUCUCCGCUUUCUCUUUCGCAAUGAAUUAUACCCGUACUUCUUCUACCCCAUAGAGCAAAAUUUUUUCCAACCACGAGUCGAAAUCGCACAGAUACCGAUCAACGAGAAAUCUUCGAUACUAACCGUUAAAUGGAAUUUUUCUUUUUCUUUCCGAUCGAAUUAAUACUGGACAAGUUCGUUACGUUUACGAUUCCCUGGGAGUCGUAAUAAAAGACGUUGCUUUAUGGGGAUUCUUCCUUUUCGUAUGAAAUAACACUGCCAACGUUUGUGGACGAAAUACACGGUAUGUGUUCUCGCGAUGUGUUCAUCGCCAAGCGUGUGUCAUCGGAGAGACGAAAACGGAAUCAGCGUUCGGAGAUGCGAUAUUAUUCCCCGUGUCUUCGGACGAGAACGCGUUUGUAAAUUGUAAAUAAUUGUAUGAGAAUCAAAUAGAAGAAUCAAAAGAAAUCGAAAAGAUCGAAAAUUCUAUAGUAGAUCGAUGGUCCUGGGGUGGGUGCAUGUGCAACCAUAUAAUAAAACGAUAUUCGUCGUAUUAACUGCCAUUUCGCAUUAACAAGAGAAGAAGAAAAACGAAGAAAGAUAUCAAAGAGAAAAAGGGUGGUAUUAACUCUAUAAUAUUAUUCGACGUACGCUUACGUCGAAUAUAUGCGUAUCGAUGAUCGCAAGGUCAGCGAGAUCAGAGAGAAGGGAAGAGAUUCCAAAGAAAAAAAAAAGAAAAGAAAAGAAUCUCGAGAAGCUGUCACGUGCCAAAAAAACAAAUACGAAAGAGGACGAACCGUCUCCGAUCGUGACACGAAUGUACUAUUACUAUUAUUAUUAUUAUUAUUAUUGCUAGUUAUUCUUAUUGCGAAUUAAUUAACUACUUCAUUAUGGUAUACCGGUGCAAACUAUUUUGUGCAAUGCGAGCUUGAAAAGAAUCGCGUACCCCCGUUGGAUCCAUGAGAAUUUUUUCACUAACAAAGUGUAUAAUCACGUCGAGCGUGUGUGUUGCGAAUGUAAUAGUCUAUAUAUUACAUAAAAAUAUAUACCUAUAGACGUUUAUUAAAGGUAAUAUGUAUAUGAUCGUGCGAAUUGUGUGAGUGAGAGAGAGAGAGAGAGAGAGAAUAGAACGAGCGUGAAAGAAGCGUCGUGCGUUAUUACGAAUCGGGUGAGUGAGUCUAGAUCGAUCGUGUAAAGGCGUUGUACGAGUACCUAUAUCGAUCUUCUAUGCGAUCUCGCGUCGAUCCGAAAGUCCGAUGUAGGUCGUGAAAUAAGAGAAAAUUUCUUCUCUCUUUUGGGAUUUCCGGAUUACUCCGUUUCUCACGAAUUAAGGGAAGAAGCGAUUCUACGUCGGUCCGGUUCGGUCCGUCGAGAUCCCCGAUUCCAAAAUUAAUCAUCGUGGCCAAGAGUUGUUGGUGCCAAAAAGACGAUAUCUUACGUCGUGCGGACCCACGCGUUCGCGAUACUAUCCAUUGAUUUAUAGCCGUUCGAGCUAUCGCACGUAGAGUACAUACCUACUUGAUACAUCGUCGAGAACGCAAACUUUUGCGGACCUUUUUGUUUCCGUUCGCGAUACGACGUCGUACGUUUUCCUUAUUUAUCUUUCUCCGUGUUCACGGAAUAUCCGUCGAAGCAAGGGGACCGAACGACGAAAGAGAUCGAACGAUAAAUUCGGCAUAAGCCGCGACGUGUGUAACUGAAUAUCGAAUAUUGUUCGUCAAAAGUAUGUACGAUCUGACAAAGUACCAUUACGUUUUUCCAAUGUAAAUAUCGUCGUUUAUACCGAAGAAAAAAUGAGUAAGAUUCCAUUUUCCGUGGGACGUUCGCGAGAUCUUUCUUUUUUCCUUCUUCCGACAUUCGAAGAGCGAAAGAUCGAGGAUAAUCGAUUUGAUCCAGUUUCAUGCGUUGCGAUCUAACUAACUAUCAUAUCGUCAGAUUUUCUUAUUACGACUCAUUGUUAUCUAUCAUCGAUUAAUAAACGAUAGAUAAUAUACGUAUCGGUUUAAAGAUAGAUCGUUAAAACUAAUGAUAAACGUCGUGCGUGAUGUGUUUAAAUAAGAGAAAGAAUAAAACAAAGAAAAAAAAAGAAAAACGAAAAAAAAAAUAAAGAUACGGAGAGACUCGUCCUGAAAAGGCGAUAAAAACAUUGUCACGAUUACGUUGACGCAACGUCAAAUUAUCUCCGCGCGUACGCGCGUGUGCGAGCGUACUCGUCUGCUGUGCGUGCAACGAGAGUGGAAAUAUGUCCGAUUACGUAAGCGAGAGGAUCGUCGAAGAUUAUUAAAAGAAAACAAAAAACAAGAACGAAACACCUACUUAUCGAGACAAGUGCAAAAUCGACGAGUCGAGAAGCUGCAACGAAGUAACCCACGAGCGAAUAUAAAUGCUGUUCCAUUAUAAAUAGAAAAACGUUCCGCUUCUCGGAGAGUCUCGCUUACGUAGGAAGCUGCUACGUUCGACGCUCGACUCGGAAUGACAAAGCGUUGUAAUCGUCUUUGUUUUCGUCGUCGUCGCGAACGAUUUCCGUGUUGAUGUUUAUCGUAAACUUUUUCUAUCCUCUAUUUACCUUGGUGAAUAAACACACGAAUGAAAUGCGAUAAAAACACAGAGAGAGAUACAAAAAUCAAGAGAAUCCCCGCGUACCGUCCCUGCGCCGUUGCGAAAAACAAUUUAUGUAAUUUUCUAAGAGCCCAACAUCAUUUCUUUUCACGACGUUCCUCCUUCACGCAUCAGCUACUUACGUUCACCGAAAUAAAUAUCGUCGGCGAGUAAGAGAGUCUCCGCUUGACCGUGUAGAUUUUCAACCUUACCCGUUUAAAGAGAAACGUAAACGUUAUGGGAUAACGAAAAUGACGAAUAAGGAAAUUAUACCUGAUCGGUCCAAUAGCAAAGCGGGGACUGACACGAGGCGCAACUUGCAUGCGCACUUACAUCCGUACGAGUCGACACGCGGAUGGAAUGAAACAUUAUUUUACAUAUUCCUCACCGUUGUAUCUUCAUGUAGCUUCGAUAUUUAAAAGAGAAAAAAAAACAAAAAAGAAAAAACAAAAAAAGAACAAAAACAAAAAAAAGGAAAAAAAAGUACCCUCAAUCCUUUGACAGUUUCGCCGAGACUCUCCCGCUUUUAACAUGACUUUUAAGAAAUAUCCGAAGCGACGCGAUCGCGAAGAGAGACACGUAUGGAGGAUGCAUUGCGGAGAAAAAGGAAAAAUUAGUAGGACAUACCUUCGGAACGGAAAUACGUACUUAAAGAAAGAAAACGUUAAUAUCGUUGUAAGGGAGAAUGGAUGUGUCGAAUCAAAGAGAAGACAGGAAAAAUGAAAACUAAAGCAAGAGAACAAAACUAGCGUCUUCCAGUUUGUCCAUUCCACUUGUCAUUGCGUUUUAUUCACGCUUGUUCUUCGAUUCGAAUAUCCUCCGUCAUCUCCCGUACCAAUUCGUGGCGUGAUGCGAUGAAAAAAUCCCUUGUAAACCGUUGUAUACCAAUUAAAUUUGUCACAAUACAGGAUCGUUUAUUUAAACGUAAAA